GUGUUAGUUAUUCUCCGACAUGCGAAUCCUAAUCACAGGCACUUUGCUCGUUCUGUGGCUAGACUUUGGUGCUUCCAUGUGGCUGAAACAGUUCGAUGAGAACUACCAUCGGCCCACGUACUACAAUAGCCACCACAGAUCGAAGCAGCACGUGGACUACAAUCGCCAGGCUCUCGAGGAUCGGGACAAGGAGGAUCCGGUGACUCCCCGCAGUCUGCCUCCCUUUGAUGCCUCGACGGACUUAUCCUUCUACGUAAAUGUCCUGAACAAGGGAUCCGUGAUCUGCGCGGGGGCUCUGAUCUCCCGCAGGAUGGUCAUCACCUCGACGCACUGCUUCGAAGCGCCGGCCAGCGACGCCAUCUACGAGUUCUCGGCCAAGGACAUGAGCAUCCUCACUGGGAGCGAGUUUGGCCAGAAUCCUGCUGGCCACAGUGUGCUGGCCUUCUACAUCCCGACGAACCGCAGGGAAGGGCGUGUGAAUCGAGCGGCUCUGCUCGGAUUGACAAUGAAGCUGGACAAGUUCACCUACCGGUACAUUCCGCUGAACAGGAGGAGGCCGAAGGAGGGAGACCGCGUCAAGAUGGCCCAGAUCUCCCCGCCCGAGUACCAGAUAGAGCUCUACGACACCCGCGUCCUCGACUACGAUCGCUGUCGGGUGCAUUACGGCCUGAGGGACUUCUUCCAGGUGUCCACAUUCGAGCCGGACUUCUUCUGCGUCCGCAACAGGCGGCACUCGAAGAAGAGCACCUGCGCCACUCGACCCGGCGAUCCCCUGGUCAUGGACAACAAGCUGCUGGGCAUCAACAUCUACGGGGAGCACUGCGACGAGGAAGAGGACUCCAUCAACAUGGACAUUUACCUGCCCAUCAGGCCAGUGAUCCCCUUCAUCCAGACCGCCACGGAUGCGUUGAGAGCCUUCACCCUCAGUGGUCCCUACAACCAGUCGCUGCCCACCACGGUCUCUCCCCUGAUUCAGUCCCUGAUCAACAGGUCGCCCAACAUUUACGUGGGUGAGCAUGUGCCCGAGAUUCUCUUCGACGAUCCCCUCAACGGUGGACCACCCGGCGAUGACACGCCUUCGGAGGAGCGCCACAUUCUAUCAGUUCCCGAUUACUACUAAGCUUCUUACAUUACCUCUGAAGGUUUCUGAAAGAAUAUAUAUAAUUAAGUUUAAAGUAUAUGUAAAAAAACAAACUAAUUAGCGAAAUAAAAUCAGGCGUAAACGUAA